CUUGAAAUAGUCUACGAAAUCUUCUGAAAAUCUAAACAAAAUGCCUGCACACGACAGCAAGAUCAAGCAAGGUCGCAGGGGCUGGGAGUACAAAGUCACCCUCAAGACCGACUACGAUGCGCACUCGAUGUACUCCGACAUCCAGCUGCAGCAUGUCCGGAGGGGACCAAGUGGUGAUGUGGCACACAGCAGCGACAUGAGUACCGGAGAGGUCACAUACACCUGGCUUGAUGCCAACGGCGAGCCACAGUCUCUUGACGACCAAGUCGACGAGAUCUACGACACAUACAAACACAAAUGCCUCCUCCCUGUGGAAGGCAAAGUGCAUUCCAUCAAAUUCCAUAAUAUCCAUGUCAAAGGAGACGACUGUGUGUGGAAUGGAGCAGAUGAUGGUCUGGAGUGGACUUGUUUUUUUGAUUAGUGGCCUUUUUAUACUUGAUUUUAAGAUGUAAUUUAACUUGAGUAUAGUGAAUCAUUCAUAAAAUUGCUG